GAUGUAGGACUUCUGGCAAAAAGGCUCGAUACCCUCCCAUGUACAUCCCCAUUCCGUCUUCUGUGUCAAGUUCGACACUUCGCGCUUCGAUGUGAACAAAUGACCUGCUCUAAUCGUCCUGAUGAGCACGGUACUCUGGUAGAUGGCGUCAUUAAUCUCUGGUCCUCUAUAAAUACUGGCGCUGGGAGACAUCCACCCUCCAUCGACAGAACGGACUUUCUCUCGAUUGCUUGGAGAAGAUGCAGCUGUCGACUGCCUUCGCCAUCCUUGCCACCACCCUCAGCACAGCUCUGGCUGCACCCUACCCAGGUGAUAUCGUCCAGUACUGGAACCUGAGAACCACCUGGUCCUUGAACGCAUCAUCCCCCCGUCUCGGUUCCUUCCACGAGGGUUACGCUGGGGCAUACGUCCAUACCGCAAUCCUCGCCGCCGCGCAGGAUGCGUCACGACAACCCAAGACAGUCCAGCAACUCGCCGUCAGCUACGCCGCCCACGACGCACUGAACACCCUUUUCUCCGCCCAGUAUCAGAGGAUCGAUUCCUACCUCACUGAGAUCGAGAACACCAUCACCCCUACCACCUCUGAGAGCAACACUGGCAGGAGGAUUGGCGAGUCUGCGGCUGUGAAGGUGCUACGGGCCCGCGCAGGCGAUGGUGUUUCGAAGUACGCCCGGUACGACUUCAAGCCUGCCGCGCCUGGUGUCUACCAGCCCACGCCUCCGAACAACCCAAUUCCUGCGUCUCAGCACGGCGGAGACCUCAAACCAUGGGGUGGCGUCAACAAAGUCCCCGAAUGGGGACCUCCACCCUCUCCUACUGGCGACGACUACGAGCCGCACUUGCUGCGAAUCAAGGAGAAGGGGAGCAGAACCAACAGCACGCGCACUGCUGAUGAAACCGAGAUUGGCUACUUCUGGCUCGAGUCUUCCAUUACUUUCUGGAAUCGAUUCGCCUCUGUUAUCGUUGGCGAGUCUCUGAAGGACGACGUCCUCAAAUCUGCCGAACUGUACGCGAGGUUGAACUGGGCCAUUUCUAACGCUGGCAUCGUCGCGUUCCAAACUAAGAACAAGUACAACGCAUGGCGCCCGAUCACAGCUCUCCAUUACACUCAGGUCUUCCUCAAGUCCGGAAACAACCUCAGCGACCCGUCAUGGGAACCUCUCUCCCCAACUCCAGGCCACCAAGACUACCUCUCAGGACACGCCGUGUACGGUGGAGCAGCAGCCGAGAUCAUCAGGCGGCACAUCGGUAGCGACAACCUCACACCGUCAGUCACGAUCUCUAGCAAUGUCGCCCUCGAUAACGUUGGCGUUCUCAGCCGCACCUUCACCUCGCUCUCCCAGGCUGCUAAAGAGAAUGGUGACUCCCGCGUCUUUGUCGGUGUCCACUUCCAGUUUGCUUCUGAUGAAGGAACCAAGGCGGGUGAGGCAGCGGCGGAGCAGGUUUGGAGACGCAAUGGCAGAGGAUAUCUGUAAGAAAGGGAACUUGGGGUUUUUACUUGAUGUCGUAGCUAGAGCAGUGGCAUAACCAUCGCUAUUGUCUUUC